AUGCAUCUAAAGAAUGUUGUGCACCUUGUGCACAAUCCUUGUGCAAAAAGUUUCAAAAUCGCGAGGUUAACUUAUUCCAUUCACUUUGGAACAGAUUAUGAUAACUGCAGCGUGGAAAUUAACUAUGACAGUAUCUCGCUACCUUGUGAAAGGAAGACACCAGCUAAACCAUUGGAUCUUGAUAUAAAGGCUGUUACCGGUCCAUCCAUCUUUUCUCCAGUCCAAUGGAAAAAGUACUGGAAAAGAAACCGAAUUGAUGUACUCUUGAUCCUCACUGGUAUCUGUCUCCUCCUUAGUGUCAUCUUCCUCCUCUCAAGUACUUCAACAUUUCUAGAACUCAGGUCGCUAAAUUUGAGCUCCACAAAAGAGGUCUGUGAUGCUUCCCCAAGACCAUUCAAUUUCAAAGAACUAGAGACCAGUGUUAUGACCAAACUCAAAAGCUUAGAACAACAAUUUGAUGAGAAGAGAAAAGUCAGCCUGCAGAAAAUGGAAGAACAACUACUCAGAAUAGAAAGAAAAUUAGGUACACUACAAAAUUGCAGAGAUAUUUCAUCAUGGCGGAAGUUUCAGACAAAUGCUUACUACUUCUUUGACACAGAAGAAAAUUGGGAGAUGGCAAAAAAAAAAUGUGCUGAUUGUAAUUCUCGACUUGUCAUCAUUAAUACCAAGCAAGAGCAGGAUUUUCUGAUUCAGACUUUAAAACAAUCAAUGUGGCUUGGCUUAAGUGAUAUAGAGAAAGAAGGAGCUUGGCGUUGGAUUGAUGGAUCACCACUGAGACAAGGGAGCUGGAGAACAGGUGAACCCAAUAAUGGUGGGAGAAAUGGUGAAGAUUGUGCUGUCCUAUAUAAAGAAGGAAAGUGGAAUGACAUUCAUUGUGCGGAACGAGUUAGGUUUGUGUGUGAGAUGGAACAGGUCUCUGUGCAAUGAAUUUCCUUGUAUGUGUCUCCUAAUUCAAGAGGGUUUCUCUUCUCCAAAUUUGGUAGAGAAUGUUCUGUAUAAUGCUUAUUUGUAUGAAUAAUUGAGAUCAACACAUGGUGCCUUGGUUACCUAGAUAAUUCUGUCCAAACAGGACUCUUAGUGAUAGCUCAUAUACACAGUAUUACCUUUCAUAAUUUUUCUUCUUAUAAACCAGCCCUCUGCAUGAAACAACUUUGUCACUUGUUCACGAAGACUGUUUUCAAUAUCAUCAUAACUUUGCUGAAAUGUAAGUAGAACAGCUUGGUAGAUGAACAUUUAAAGUAAAAUGGAAAUUGUUGUAUUCCCUAAAAAGAUAUGAAAUUCCCAUAGCCUUUUUUAAAAAACCCCAGAUUAUUUUGCACUUUGCCAUUUUCCUCCCUAGGCUCUUUUUAUUUCAGUUCACAGCCAUUUGGCAAUGGCAUUUGGAUUCUGUAUCUCCUACAAGUAUUUUAUUGUUCUGAUCUAAGGAGCAUCACCUGUAGAUUUUGGUGGGAUAAUUGCACAAAAAAAUCAUUUUAAAAAUGCCAACACCAUUGACAAUUCCUUAUUGGAACCUUAUUGGAACCUUUCUCCAUUUUUGAUCCAAGAGUAACAAUAGAGCCAUGGUGGCACAGUGGUUAGACUGCAGUAUUGCGACUAAUUCUGCCAAAUGCCAGGAGUUUGAUUCUGACCGGCUCAAGGUUGACUUAGCCUUCCUGUUCUGCCUUGGGUGUUGUAGGCUUGCUCGGGGCAUGCAGUUAACUCCAUGCUUAGGAAUCUCUUCAGAUCAAGUUUAC